CACAUUUUGAUUCCAUAAAAUCAAAUAUGGCUUCUUCUCUCUUCACUUUCUCUCUUUUCAUUUUCUUCACACUUUCCUCCGCCUCUCACCACCACCAUCAGUCACCUACACCCGCCCCAACCCCCACCCACACCGGCUCUGCUUCCGCCGCGUCGGAGAUCCAACAAGCCUGCAAAGCAACUCGCUUCCCACAACAAUGCGAAUCAUCUCUCACAAAUCUCACUACAAAUCCCACCACUGUCCAACUUAUCCAAACCGCAAUCUCUCACUCAUCGGAAAAGCUCGUAACCGCUCUAUCAAUGGUUAAGGAAAUUCUAAAAACUUCUUCCGACAGUCAGAAUCGUACCGUCGCCUCCACCACCUGCAUCGAAACCCUCACAAAUUCCCAAUACCGCAUUUCCACCUCCAACGAAGCCUUAGAAAAUGGAAAAAUCAAAGACGCUAGAGCGUGGCUAAGCGCUGCUCUCGCUUAUCAAUACGAUUGCUGGAGCGGACUCAAAUACGCAAACGACACACACGCCGUCGGUGAAGCGAUGGCGUUUAUCGAUUCUCUCACAAUGCUCUCAAGCAACGCUCUCGCUAUGGCGUUUUCGUACGAUAUAUACGGAAAUGACACGUCGGCGUGGAAAACACCAACCACCGAGCGUGACGGUUUAUGGCAGGUGUCUGGAUCGGGAGCAGGAUCUGGAUUUAAAGGAGAAAUCCCAUCGAAUUUGAAACCGGACGUUACGGUUUGUAAGGGAGGGGGGAAAUGUUAUAAGACGGUGCAGGAAGCGGUUAACGCUGCGCCUGAAAGUGGUGUUGGCGGGAAGAGGUUUGUUAUAUACAUAAAAGAAGGGAAAUAUGAAGAAACCGUUAGGGUUCCGUUAGUGAAGAGAAAUGUGGUGUUCUUAGGUGACGGAAUCGGAAAGACUGUUAUAACUGGAUCAGCUAACGUGGGGCAGCCCGGAAUGACUACUUACAACUCCGCCACAGUCGCUGUUCUUGGAGAUGGAUUCAUGGCAAAGAAUCUAACAAUAGAAAACACAGCAGGACCUGAUGCACACCAAGCAGUUGCGUUCAGAUUAGACAGUGAUCUUUCUGUAAUUGAGAAUUGUGAAUUCUUAGGUAACCAAGAUACUCUUUAUGCUCAUUCCCUACGCCAAUUGUACAAAUCAUGCCGCAUUGAAGGCAACGUGGAUUUCAUCUUCGGAAACUCAGCUACAAUCCUCCAAGACUGUACAGUCCUGGUUCGUCCUAGACAACUGAAGCCAGAGCAUGGUGAGAACAAUGCCAUCACAGCUCAAGGUAGAACCGACCCUGCACAAACUACAGGCUUUGUUUUUCAUAACUGUUUGAUUAAUGGAACUGAAGAUUACAUGGCAUUGUAUCGUAGUAAACCUAAAGUACAUAAAAACUAUUUGGGUAGGCCAUGGAAGGAGUAUUCUAGAACAGUUUUUAUUAAUUCGACAUUGGAAGUACUUAUUACACCUGAGGGUUGGAUGCCAUGGAAUGGUGACUUUGCACUUCAGACACUUUAUUAUGGUGAAUAUGGGAAUUCUGGAGCUGGUUCUGAUUUGUCUAAGAGAGUGUCUUGGAGUAGUAAAAUCCCUGCUGAACAUGUUGGCAGUUUUUCAGUGGAGAAUUUCAUUCAAGGAGAUUUUCUCACCUCUGCUACAAAUUCAAACAAUGGAAGAAAGCUACAAAUUCAAAUAUUGAAAGAAAUAUGUUUGUUACUGAUAUUAUUUGUUACAACAUAGUAGUGGUUGUCAGAGUCGAGCCAGUGCAAGUGGUCGGAAUAGACAAUGGCGGUGACUCGUUAGUUAGGUUUGGACAUUCAGUUUGUAUGGUGGUGAACAUUCUGGUAUCCGACUUACAUUGUUGGGUAACGGUAUCUAUAAUGACAUAUCGGUAACUAACCGGCAAUGUGAGUUAGGUAUCUAAAAAUCUAUCUUAAAUUUUAGAAAAUUAAGACAUGUGGCACACUUUGAUAUGCUUAAGAUUGAUCUGACGGUUUAUAAGAUCUAAAAUGUAGGAUGCCCCUCACUUUUAUGGGGAUGGCCCUUUGAAUUAAGAAAUAUCUGUUUGCAUAAGCGUGACCUGAUCUGGUAAAGUUAGUAUAUAGUAUAUACUUAUGCAACACUUUUGGUCCAAUGAAGCCAAUAAAAAAUCAUAUAGGGAAAACCAUUAUAGUAUGCCAAGAUUCUCUAUAAAAUGACCACUGAUUAUUUUUCCCAAUUUCUUGAGUGGUUGAGUGGACAACCCUCUUACAUGAUAAAGGUAGUAUGGUAGAAACAGAAAGGUUAUCUUCUUUUUUAAUCUUUUGAUUUAAGAAAGGUUAAUUUAAUGACUUUUUUAUUUGGCAUAUGUUCGGUUACUUGAGCUAUGCUAAAAGGGUCAUUUAGUUGCUAAUGUGUCUCAUUCCUGUUAAGUUGAAAGUCCAUUUACAAUGCUUUCUACUGUACAUAAUGAAAGGAAAUUCAUACUAUGAUCAAAGUCUUAACCAUGAAUGCAAGUAUGGACCGUUUCUUCCUUAGAUUGAACACUGACCAAUCACAGUUGUCCCUACAUAAUAACUUUAUUGCAACAUUUGUUGUCUAAAUGCUAUGUUUGUUCUUGAGGUAGGCUCAGCAUGCAAUCAGUCUCACAUGCUGUGGAAUGGUUCCAAAUCAAACUUGUUUUCUAAUUUCAUUGGUUCAAACUUCAAACCUCACAUGCAAUGCUCGCUAUUCAUCAACACCAGGAGUAGAGUAGUACUCCUAGUAAUUACUAUUGUACAAUAGAUUCUAUUCCAAAAGAUAGAGAUAGGUCGAAAUAAACUAUACUUUUAAGAGUUUGUUUGAUUUGCAAAAAAUAAUUAUUGAAAAGAAUAACAGGACAAAUAUUUUGU